AUGACUAAAGUAUCUGAAGAAAAUAUGUCAAAAGAAGAUCAAAAGAUAGAACCAAAUGUUUCCAAGCGAUUACAUUCUGAAUUUUCAAAUAGCGAGUCCUUUUCAAAAAAGCGCAAGGUUAAACCUCAAUCUUCUUCUAGUGAUAAGUUUAGUGAUGAUGAUGAAAUAGAAUUUGAUUUAAGCAGCGUUGCCGAAGAAUUACGACGUGAACAAAUAACAGAGUGGGUGAUUGGUGAAAUUAAUAUAACUCAAAGAUUUCGUAAAUAUCAGAUGGAUGUGUUGGAAAAAGCACAAAUUAAUGGUCUAGCACAUGAUAAUAUUUACGAGACUUUAGCUUUAUCUUCAAUUAUAGUGCUUUCAGACCCAUGCCCCUAUCCAAUUUUCACAAGUGAGGAAUGGGAUAAAAUUAUCAAGAUGAAUCCUUAUAAAAUUCAAAAUCAUCCUAUCCCACCAGAAAUUGGAUCAUUACUUCAUCAAGCAUCAUUCAAUAAUUUCCAAGGAAAAGAUGCAACUAUAGAUGGUGGCAACUCGCAAUUAGGUAAAACCGUUGCACGCGCAUUUAAUGAACUGUAA